AUGUCAGAUCCCAAAGAGUUGUUAGCUAAAGCCGAAAAAAAAGGUGUUCCCAGCAGUGGAUUCAUGAAGAUUUUCAGUGGAUCUGAUUCCAUGAAAUUCGAAGAAGCCAGUGAUUAUUGUAUACAAGCCGCCAAUAUCUAUAGAUUAAGAAAACAAUUGUUCGAAGCAGGAAAUUGCUUCACCAAAGCUGCACAUUAUCAAAUCAAAGCUUCGAAUGACGACGAAGCAGGGAAUACGUAUAUUGAAGCCUUUAAAUGUUACAAGAGUUCCACCACCAAUAAUACAAAUAGUAGAGAAUCCUCGAUAAAUGCCGUACAAUCGUUGGAAAAUGCUAUCGAUAUUUUCACAAAGAGAGGCCAAUUCCGUAGAGGUGCCAAUUACAAAUUUGAGUUGGCAGAAAUGUACGAAAAUGACUUGAACGAUUACCCCAAAGCCAUGGAAUGUUAUGAAGUUGCCUCCGAUUGGUAUUCCCAAGAUCAAGCAAUGGCUCUCACCAACAAGUGUUUGGUUAAAGUGGCCGAGUUGAAUGCUUUGAAUGGCGAAUAUUUGAAAGCCGCUUCUGUUUACGAUAAAUUGAUCAAUAAUUCCCUUGGUAAUAGAUUAAGCCAAUGGGUGUUGAAAGAAUAUUACUUGAAAAAGGGUAUUUGCCAAUUAGCAGCCACAGACUCGGUGGCUGCUACCAGGACUUUGGAAGAUGGAAGAGUCAAUGACGCUAAUUUCAACGGCUCCAGAGAAGCCCACCUACUGCACAGUAUCAUCGAAUGUGUUUCCGAAGGUGACAGUGAGAAGUUCUCACAAGCAGUCUUCGACUACGAUAAGUUUGCCAAGCUGGAUAAAUGGUACACGACGAUGCUAUUGAAAGUGAAAGAGACCAUCACUGAAGCGGAAGACGACUUGUUGUGA